AUGUCGCUCUACACCCCAUCAUCAAAAGCAGCCAAACGCAGGGCAGCCAAUCUAGGCGCCUCCACCAGCAACCACACUUCCACACCCAACCAUCUCUCAGCUUCUUCUUCCUCACGCAACGUCAACUCGCACCACCGCAUCGAUACGGCAGCCCUCACCGACGAACAGCGACAAGAGAUCAAAGAAGCAUUCGAACUCUUCGAUACCGACAAAGAUGGAGCUAUCGACUAUCACGAGUUGAAGGUUGCUAUGCGAGCGCUUGGGUUUGAUUUGAAGAAGGCGGAGGUGUUGAAGUUGCUAAGAGAUCACGAUAAAACCAAUUCUGGCUUGUUGGAGUGGGAAGAUUUCAAUCAGAUCAUGUCGGAGAAGAUCGCAUCAAGAGAUCCGAUGGAAGAAAUCCGCAAAGCAUUCGCGCUGUUCGACAACGAUGCCACUGGAAAGAUUUCCUUGCGCAACCUCAAGCGUGUAGCAAAGGAGCUAGGAGAGACAUUGGACGAUGACGAGUUGCAAGCUAUGAUCGACGAAUUCGAUCUCGACCAGGAUGGCGAGAUCAACGAAAACGAAUUCAUUCAAAUCAUGAUGGAUGAUUCGUAG